UAAACUAGUCGGUCCGCAAAAAUUCAAAUCCAUUACGCGACUCACUUCACUUUACGGUUUAUAUCCGUGAAGUAGGUUUGUAAGACGGUGGAAAAAAAUCUUUACUCUUCUAUAAUUCAGUGCGCGAAUUUACCGUUACAUAAGAAUUUCAGGGAAAGAAUCUACAUAUUUUCUCCCUCGGUUGUGUUUUUAUCUCUCUCUUCAGUCGACAAUCACUUUCACUUUAUUAAUUGUAUCCACGAUUGGAUACUUUGGACUGAAUUUGAUCGGAAAAUUCAUCCAGUUUGAUUUGCUGUGAUCAUUAUCGGUCGUGUAUGUGUGUGUACAUGAGUUUGAUCGUGGUUCACGGACCCAAGUCCAUGAAUGUUUCUUAUCCAUAAUCAUUUGUCAGCAUCGGCGUCCAUGAAGUACCAACGUUGCUCCGGUCUUGUUCAUUCGGAUGGUCGGAUGAAUUUGAUGAGAACGUAGAGCUGAAUGAAUAUCAUCUUUUUGCUAUGAAAUUAGAACCUGUUGAUAAACAGGAAACUCAUCCAGAGAAGAUAAUUUCCUUCAACAGCAUGGAACGGUUGGAACCUCAGACAAGACCGAUGCCGAACCACCAGAAUUACAACAACAACCAGCAGCGACCCCAAAAACCCCGCACCACCUCGCAGGGCUCCCAGGGCGGCCCCGGCGGGGGUGGCUACGAGGGGGGCCCGGGGGCGUUCCAAGGGGGUGGUGGGCGGCAGUCGUUUGACGCGGGCGUCGUCUACCAGGGGGGCUAUGGAGGGGCCCAGGGCGGUGGGGGCCAGCAUAAUCAUCAUCCGGCGCCGCAGCAGUAUCAGCAGCAUUUCCCCGGUCAGCCCAUCUACCCCGCGCCCGGCCAGUUCCAUCAGCAACAGCAACAGUACGCGGCGAUGAUGGCGGCCGGGAUGAUUCCCCAACAGUACAUGCAGGUGGUCAAUAAUCCCCAGAUGGCGCAGGUCUAUCAGUAUGGCGUGCGGCCGGCCUUCUACCCCGGAAACCAGCCGAUGAUGAUGCCGCAGGGCGCCAAUCAGCAGGUGAUGCCCGGGAUGGUUCCGCAGAAUGUGGGCGUGCCGAACGCGUCCUUCCAACAGCAACCCGGUCCCGGACCCCAAGGGGCGCCCCCACCGAACCCCGCCCACGCCGGACCCGCUCCCGGGGGGAUGGUGGCCGCUCCGGCCGGGCCGAAGCCGGCAGAUGCCAGCGGCGCGGAGCAGAGACGCUAUUACAAUGACCGGCUGCUGACCGCGGAGGAGUACGCCGCCCAGACGGCCCAUCAGCCCAAGGCGGUCCCCGUCCCCGCCCCCACGGAACGCAAGAAGAACGUCCUGGUCUUUGUUAAUCCCGAUACGAAUCAGACGGUGGACAUCCCGCAGAAAACCGAAGCCGAGGCCAAGGCUAAAGCGGUCGCGCCGGUGGUGCCAGCGGCUGCCGCGCCUCCGGCGUCCACUGUGUCGCGGGACAGUUCCGGGCCGAGGUUGUCGGAAUCGGAAAGUACGGCGGCCGCGGAGGAAGUUAAGAAUGAGUUUCAGAGGAAGGUGGCCGAACUCACUCGGCACACCGCCGGAACGUCCAAGGAGGUGUCCACAACGUCCAGUAGAGCGUCGCCGGCCUUGUCCGUGUCGUCCGAAAUUGGUGGCCAGAAUGGAGUUCCUACGGAAGGAAGCCGAAAGUUGAGCAGCCAAGCGGCACCCGGUGAAGCCGUGCUCGGUGAGCGUAAGCCCAGCAUACCCGUGGAGACGAAGACCGAAGUGCGCUCCUCACCCGAGAAGAGCGACAAGAUGGAGAUGGAGGUCGUCGCCCCGGUCCGCCCGGUUGCCACUCAACUCCCUCCUCCUCCCGAGAAGAUGGAGAUGCGCAUCACCAGCCCGGCCACCCUGCGGGAGGCCUCACCCGCAGCUGCCGCUUCCCCGCCCGUCGUGCCUUCCCAGACCUCCCCCCAGCCGCCGCAACCGCCGGCCCCCGCCGCCGUCGAGGAGGUGAAGAUUGUGGAGGAGCCGGAUGAUCGCUUCCAGGAUGGUGCCCAGUCGCCGACGGAGAACGGGACCAAGGAGGAGCAUCAGCGCCGACAUUCCGUCAAUGAUCCGUCGGCGGUGCGCAAGACCUACAGCCGCGAUAUGCUCCUGUCGCUGGAACAGCGCGGCCACCAUACCUUCUCCCAGGAAGUGGCGCUGAAGCUCAGUGAGAUCAUUAAGCAGGGCACACCCGGUGGCGGCAAUCGCCCGGAAAUGUAUGGCCGACAGCCUUCGCGUGGUGGUCCAGGCGGCGGAGGUGGUCAUCAGCAGCGGAUACCGGGCACGUCGACACCGCGAGGGGGGCAGCAAGUCAUCCAUCUGCAGCUGCAGACCGAAGCGAUCAUUCCUACCAACGAAAACGCUUGGAAGCCGAUGAAUAAGAAGAAGGAGAACCUCGACGAAAAUGAGAAAGUCCUCCUGGAUGUGCGCGCUCUCCUUAACAAAAUUACACCGAGUAAUUAUGGGAAAUUGAUCGAAGAUAUGAAGCGAAUGCCGUUCAAUGAAACAGCGGAACGACUGGGUUCCACCGUGGGACUGAUUUUUGAUAAAGCGCUGGAAGAAAUUACCUACGCGGAAUUCUACGCCAUGAUGUGCCGCGAUCUGAUCCACGUGGAAGCUAAAGAUGCCUCCGGUCAGCCGGUGAAAUUCCGUACCGUGGUAUUGCGACAGUCGCAGAACUAUUUUGAGAAGACGGAAAGGGAAGAGAAUGAAGCAGAGGAGGAUAAGAGCGAGGAUGAUCCGGAAGCACUGCAGGAGAAACGCGGCCGGGCCAAACGCCAUUACCUCGGCAACAUUCGGUUUAUAUCCGAGCUGUACAAGGUGGAGAUGUUGACCGACAGAGUAAUCCUUAGCUGCUUCCAAAAGCUGCUUCCCAAGAGCAAAACGUUCGAAGAUGUCGAUGAAGAUAAAGUGGAAUGUCUGUGCAAGCUACUACAGACUUGCGCAGUUAAAAUUAAGGAACAGAAUACGGUGGAUGUGUUUUUCCAGCAGCUGCGCAAGAUGAUCGACGCCAAAGUCACCUCAUCGCGUAUCCGCUUCCUGAUGGAAGACACCAUUGACUUGAAGAACAACAAUUACGUUCCGCGCAAGACCACCACGGCCAAACCGACCACCAUUAAGGAGGUGCACGCCGCCAAACAGAAGGAAGAACAGGAGAUUAAGCAGGCGGUGGCGGAUGCGGCGAUUCUGAUGCCGCCCCGUCAGCAGAUGCCUACCCGCGGCGGGAUGGCCAUGGGCCGCGGCGGUCUGAUGCCGCAGAGCGGACGCGGCUUGACCAAGCCCAGCUCGGUGCCGCAUGCGCUGUCCUCCAUGGGCGGCGGGCAGCCGCCGCGCCAUGGUGGACGUCCCGCGGUGCAGCCCAUGAUGGACGGUGGGAAGCGGAAAGUGUUGGGAUUAUUGGCCGAUCCAUCACAUGGCCACACGACCAUGCUGGGCCCCCAGGGUGGGCUGGGUACUGGGCGGCCUUCCUGGGGCGCCGGAAGCGGAGGCGGUUUGGGCAUGAGAGGCAGCGCCAGCACGGCCAGGUUGCCCGAGAAUAAAUCGGCCUCUUCCAGUCGCGAGUCGAGCGUGAACCGCAUGAAUCCGCGCGGUUCCCUGACUCACACCCCGACGUUCCCGGAGGAUACCUCCGUGGAGCGCUCCGCCACCCCGCUGGCAUCGGGUACGGCCACACCCAGCCAGAUGGCCGGCACUCCGUCCCGUGGCUCACCGGUGCAGGAAGACCAGGAGCUGGACGCGGACGCCGUGACCGAGAAGGCCAAUGUGAUGCUGACGCAGGCCACGAAUUUGGAUGGCGAAGAGAGUCGGGAGGUGAUUUUAGAUUCUGUGAGAAUUCUACGACGCUGGACGGGUCCGACGAAGGCGUCGUUUAUAAAAAGCGUUAUGGAGAAGUCAUUUGAAGCCAAGUCACGCGAUCGGGAGAAGUAUGUGGAGUUUUUAUCGGGGAUGGCGCGGGAAGGACUCUUUUCGCAAGAUGUCCUGACAGAUGGCAUGGGCCAAAUUGUGGAGGCAGCGGAUGACAUCGCGGUGGAUGUGCCGGAAAUGUACGCCUAUACUGCGGACCUGAUUGGGCCGCUGCUGGCGGACAACCUCCUCAGUUUGGCGGCCUUGGACAGUGUCCUGAGUAAAUCUCCCGCUCAUAUCCCCAAAUACCACGGUGCUUUCCGCAAAUGGCUCGAUGCGCGCCUGUCACCAGAGCAGAAGGAAGAAAUGAUUAACCGGGACCCGGUUGUUGGCCAGAAAAUUCUGGGCUCUUCAUAGGUUAAAGAGAAAUUGCUCAAUGUGUUCUGUCGGACCAGACGCCGAAUGAUAUGUCGAUGGUGGCUUUUUCAAUCCCGAGAUUGCUGUCUGUCCGAUGUUCUUUUUUGUUUGGUUUCUCUGACGGUGACUGUGCAAAAGUGGCAUAAUAAUUUGGCUAAAUUGAUAAAUUUAAAUACGGUACCCUCCUUACAUUGUGCUUAUGGGGGGAUACGUUUUUUUUCUUACGUGCAUAUUUAUAAUACGCUCUAAUGCUAAUUUAACCGGACAAUAUCCUCACCUACUGGGAAAGAAAUUUGUUUUAUUUGAUUGACACAUGUUUAAUUAUUUUUUGCUUUUUUUCUCUACUUUUGUCCCGGAUGGAAAGAGAGUGAGAGAGAGAUUGAUGAUUGAUUUUGGUUGGGCGGUGUGGUGGAAUUUGGAUCGUUUAUAUUUUUCAAGAUUGAUCUUUAUCCCUUGGACAGUCCAUCCAUAAUUAUCCCCCUGCGUGUGUGUGUGGUGCAAACGCGUACGACGGCCAUCAUCAUCCAUUUUUUUAAUCCAGAGUCCGAGAACACAGAAAAUUUGCGGGGACAGAAUUUAUCUGCGUCUAUAUUUCACCCAAUUUUUGAUAUUAAUUUAUACGGGAUGGACCGCGCGUCUGGAUGCCGGCAAUAUGAUUGGAGGAUUGAGAGUCGCCCAUCAUCUUGGCACCCACACGGCCCGAUUGUGCUGUUUUCGUCUUCCCGGGAUGAGCUGAUGGAUGGCUCCGUUUGUGGUUUGGUGUCGGGGGUUGUGCUGGUUUGUUGCGGCGGAUGUCUCUCUCUGUGUUUUCUUUUUUUCGUGUGGUUGAUGUCGCGUUGUCCCUUUUUUUCCUCUUCUCUGCCCGGGAAAUUAAAUUAACGAAAAAAUGAACGAAAACACUUCGUGUUGCUUUUGGCUUCUUGGAUGGAUGUUCACUCUUUGUUUCUUGCGGAUAUAAUUUUGUGCGUUUAUGAAUGAAGUGGUUUAGUUCGA